GCAAUAGAGAAAGCUGCAAUUCAACUGCAAGUCAAGAUGUCGCUCAAAGGAUCAAAUGUGCUCAUAACCGGGGCGUCCAUGGGAAUUGGCGAAGCCAUCGCCAAUGCACUUGCGAGAGAAGGUGCAAAUUUGAUUCUCUUCUCUAGAUCAGAGGAUAAGUUGCAGACCAUCACAAAUACCCUUCAGAAGCAAUAUCCCGCAGCGAAGGUGAUCUACAAAGCAGUCGACAUCCAAAGCUAUGAGGCAGUUGAACAGGCAGUAAGCGACAGUGUCGAACUGCUCGGCCAUAUUGACAUUCUUGUCAACAAUGCCGGUCUCGCUCUCGGCGCGCCCGCCACCUUUUCAGACCUCAAGGUCUCCGACAUUGUCACCAUGAACAGCACCAACAUUAAUGGUCUCAUGUUCACUACUUAUGCUGUACUCAAUGCAUCCAUGAAGCCUCGCAAGGCAGGCACUAUCCUCAACAUCACCUCUGUCACGGGCCUCGAGGUCCCCCCGUUCCCUGGCGAGGCUGUCUACCACUGCAACAAGGCAGCCCAGGAAGCUUUCUCCAAUGCACUAAGAAACGAGUUGAGUGAGACCAAUAUUCGAGUUUUGGUGUUGCGCCCCGGAUGUGUUGCUACCAAUUUCCAUUCGCUUCGUGUGGGCCACAACAAGGAGAAAUAUGAUAGUUUCUUUGAAGGGUAUCAACCCCUUGUGUCAGAGGAUAUCGCGCAUUCCGCGGUAUUCAUGCUUCAGCAGCCGGUGAAUGUAUCGAUCAAGGCUUUGGAUGUUGUUCCUUCUGCACAAAGGAGCCUGAAUGUCUUUGACCGGACGUGGAAUGAGAGAAAUGCUUAAGCACAAUGAGUCUUUUUAGGUCAACGCAUAUCACUUACAGUUGAAGUGGAACCAUUCAGCCUUAGAAGUCUCACCAUGCGACAGCCACACAUCGAUAAGAUGGUGCUCAGAUGGUACGUCAGGUAGGAAAAUGUUUUUGACAAUGGUGACACACUUCGCUUAGGCUUA